GUUACUGCACAGCUCGCACAAGGCAAGACAAUCUCAAAAAGACGGAAGUGCAGUCGAAAGUUUAAGUAGUUUUUUUUUCUGUUUUUUUUGUUCGAGAAGAGUCUUAUAAAAGAGAUAAGACGGGCAAAAUGACCAUGACAAGGAUAAUUGUUCUAUUUCUGAUAAUAGGAAUGACAGUGGCACAAAAAUAUGCCCAACAUCCAGUACGGCAACGAGUCUUUCCAUCCCGAGCGGGCCCUGAUCCGAUUAAGGCUCCCGAGGAGGUUGAGGACGCAGCCCCAGCAAAUGAUAAAUGCCCACAGAAAAAUGGUUUCUUCCCAGAUUCCGAGCAAUGCGAUAGAUAUUAUGCGUGCACUGAUGGUAAACAUGAAGCGAGAUUAUGCCCAGAUGGUAUGGUUUUCAACGAUUACGAUUCAGAUGAGGAGAAGUGUGAUUUGCCCUAUAAUCUUGACUGUUCAAAGAGGCCAGAACUCCAAACUCCCAUUCCAAGUAAAAAUUGUCCCCGCAAAAAUGGUUACUUUGGACACAAGGACAAGAACAUCUGCGAUACCUUUUACUACUGUGUCGAUGGUAAAUUCAAUAUGAUUACCUGUCCCGAUGGCUUGGUAUUUAAUCCAAAAACUGGCAUCUGCACUUGGCCGGAUGAGGCUGGCAAGCUUGGUUGCUCAUCGAAAGAUGUAUUCGAAUUCACAUGCCCAACAGUAAAUGAAACUGAGGCUUUAACACAUCCUCGUUAUGCCGAUCCAGAGGAUUGCCAAUUCUUUUAUGUGUGCAUUAAUGGGGAUACACCACGCCGCAAUGGUUGCAAAUUGGGUCAGGUGUUUGACGAAUCGACGAAGCUAUGUGAUUGGGCUAGAAAGGUUCCUGAUUGUGCUGAUUGGUACAAGGAUCGUUUGACUGAUGCCCAACUCGACGAACUGGAAAAUCCAAAACCAAAACCUAGAGAUCCCAGCCGUCCAACAAGACCACAAAGGAAGCGUAUAACAAGGCCCACCCAACCUCCAGUAAAUGAGGAUAUAGAGUAAAACGUAGUAACGUAUAAAAUGAAGGAAGGAAAGGAAAGGAAGAAGAACAAACGACGUCGAUAUAUCUACAUAAAAAGAAAAAUGUCUGUGAAUGUGCGUGGUUGUGUUGUUGUAGGUAAUGCAGUUUUUAUGUUCACUUUGGCAGGAAUUGAAGAAAAAUAUAUACAAUUUUUGUAUAUUUUAUGCCUGUUUUUUUUUUUUUU